AGGCCGCUUGGACUCGCUCACGGCCAUAAGAACGAGGUCUUUGUGGCUGACACAGAAAAGGGGCUAUUGAAGAUAAGUGAGGACGGAACAGUAGAACUGUUGACAGAUGAGGCCGAGGGUGUAAAAUUCAAGCUACCAAACUGCGUAGAUGUAGCACAAGAUGGCAUGCUUUACUUCACAGAUGCUUCACACAAAUACAGCUUAAAAGACUUCAUCUCGGAUAUUUUAGGGGGCAGACCCCAUGGCAGAUUGAUGAGCUACAACCCAACAACCAAAGAGACCAAAGUUCUGGUCCACAACCUCUACUUUGCCAACGGAGUGGCAGUCUCUCCAGAUCAAAACUUCGUUGUCUUCUGUGAAACUGUCAUGAGAAGGUGUAGAAAAUACUAUCUACAAGGCAGUAAAAAAGGGAGUGUAGAAAAUUUUAUUGACCAUUUGCCAGGCUUGCCCGAUAAUAUCAGAUAUGAUGGGGAAGGCCAGUACUGGAUUGCAUUGGCCACGGAGGUUACACCAUACUGGGAUCUAGCACUUAGAUAUCCUUUUAUUCGAAAGGUUCUGGCAAUCGUGAAGCGGUAUGCAGCAGGCAGACCGCAUUUGGAGAAGAAUGCUGGUGUGUUGGCUGUGAAUUUGAAUGGGGAACCUACUGCUCACUAUUAUGAUCCUGAGUUGUUUCUCAUUUCAAGUGGGAUCAAGAUUGGAAAUUACCUCUACUGCGGUUCGAUUGUUAAUCCCUACAUUAUCCGCCUUGAUGUCCAUCAACAUCCUGCACAUCCCACUACAUGAGCUAUGGUGUACUAUUUCCUGCUCCCUUGAUAUAAUUUACAACAAACAUGCAAUGCUAGUGUAGCUUCAUUAGAGAACCUUAAGCAUAUAUAAAUG